AUGUCUUCGAUCUACACCCUUAACCAUGGCGAGGCCGAUAAAGAAAGACAGCGUCUUGACUUUCAGCAUGGCUUCUUCAAAGCCGUCACGCGCGAUGACCUCCCUCCCGUCAUCUGGCAGCACCUCAAGUCACUUCCAGCGCCCAAGGUCGCAGACGCAGAUACCGGCACCGGGAUCUUUCUAAAGGAGCUCGCGCCUAAACUCCCGACAGAAGCACAACUUUAUGGCUUCGACAUUGAUACAAGGAAGUUCCACGACCCUGCUUCGUUCCCGGCAAAUGUCAAGUUACAGUAUGGCAACGUGCUGGUGCCCUUUCCAAAAGAAUAUCUCGGCAUGUAUGAUUUGGUACAUGUGAAGUUGCUCUAUGCGGCGUUGAAGAAGGACGAAUGGCUGCAGGCUGUGAAGAAUCUCAAGACACUGCUUAAGCCGGAUGGGUACUUGUUCUGGUGCGACGUAGGAGGCUAUGGAUAUGCCAGUAACCCAUACUCGGCCUCGGUCAAUGAGUGGAAGAGGAUCGAGUCGGCAGCGGCCGUCAAAUUCGGACGUGACCCAAAGUAA